CAAGAGUAUUUUGCAAUAUAAAGGUACUCUUUAAUCUUCUUCAAUUCGAGUCUUUGUUCUUUAUUGCCUGAGCUCGACAAUUUCAUAGGGUAUGAAGUAAAACAUAGAAAACGAAGCCAUCAUCCACCAGAAGCCAAUGUCGCAAAUCGAGUGCUUACCCAUCGACGCCCCAAAGAGGAGCCAACCUCGCCUUCCGACUCAUGUCUCCCUCACUCGGAAGGUGGGAGCAGAAUUUGUUGGCACAUUCAUCCUCAUAUUUGCUGCAACAGCCGCACCCAUCAUCAACCAAAAGUACAAUAACAUCACCUCUCUGAUCGGAAACGCAGCAUCCUCCGGCCUAGCGGUGAUGAUCGUAAUUCUGUCGACGGGACACAUCUCCGGCGCCCACCUGAACCCCUCACUCACUAUCGCCUUAGCCGCCAUCCGCCACUUCCCUUGGGUUCAAGUCCCUGCCUACCUCACCGCCCAAAUCUCCGCCUCCAUAUGCGCCUCUUUCACUCUCAAAGGUAUUUUUCACCCUUUCAUGUCCGGCGGCGUUACAGUUCCCUCCGUCGGCACCGGCCAAGCCUUUGCUCUUGAAUUCCUCAUUACCUUCAAUCUCUUGUUCGUGGUCACUGCUGUCACUACUGAUACUCGCGUUGUUAGAGAGUUGGCCGGAAUUUCCGUCGGAGCUACCGUGAUGCUCAACAUUCUUAUCGCAGGGUCAUCCACCGGUGGUUCAAUGAACCCCGUGCGGACUCUUGGCCCCGCCGUGGCCGCCGGAAAUUACCAAGAAUUGUGGGUGUACAUGGUGGCUCCUAUACUUGGGGGGAUUGUCGGUGCCGGAAUCUACUCUGCCUUGAGAAUCAAAGAUGAUGAAAUGGAUAUUCCGCCGCACGUGAGGAGCUUCGGUCAGUACACAGGUGGCAGCUGUGUUCGUGUUUAAAUGUUCUUCUUGUAUUCGUAAAAAUACCAUUUUGGUAUCGAGUCGAUUGAAUUAUACUUAAAUUAAUAUUAUUUUUGUGUAAAAGCGAUCCAUGACAUAAUAAUAUGGAUGUUUCGAUUUUAGUAU